CUAGCAGCAGCUACUUCCGUGUUUACAUCACAGCAGCUACACGACCCGGUGGCACAUGUUACACCACAUCACCCUAGAAGUGCGCUUUGAGGCCUCGGCGGCCAUGUUUAGUGCUGGCAAAGCUGCCCUAUCUCCUUGCCACACUCCAACAUGGCAGCACUACUUACAGUUUGUGCUGCUGGAUAUCUAGAUCUCUCAAGGUUAUCGUGUAAGAUUGGCCUAGUCGUUUGAACUGCACUCUCCCAUCAGGGUUUUCAAGUGUCAAGAUCACAGAAUUCGGUAAUGAUACAAUGAAACGGAUACAGUGUUGAGUAACUCCUUUGGGUGAAUGCCUGAUAAGGGCACAGUGUUGUGUUAACGCCGUCAUUUCCUGCCUUGUUACAGUACAGACCCCUGGGUAAGACAUGUGCUUCAUUUCUGGGUACUACUGUACUGAUUAUAUUCUGUUGUGAUUGACCUUCCUACUUGUGCAAUGUAUCAAGAGUAAUACUGGGGUAAAGUUCUAAAUGUUCAGGGGCAUUCCAUUGUUACCAUGGUGACUGCUCCACUUUUAGAACUUUUCUCCAGACUUACGUUUUAUGCAUAACCCCCUAGGACAGUGUUUUGGAUUAGUGGGUAUAGAAUGCUGGUUGGCACGGUACCUUUUUUAUUCAGUUCAGGACAAUCUUUGUGUAGUAUAUUUCUGUGAGGCUGGGUGUUUGAAGAUCACUAUCUUUAGUAUUUGUCCUUGUGAACAGUCAUUGUUUUGGACGAGUGGUUAAAAUAGCCCCAGCAGCUCAAACAAUAUAGGACUCCUCUUACAUUGUUGUAGGAUGUAUUAUGUAGACGUAUGUCCUUAUUCGAGCAUUGCUAAUGGAGUUAUUUAUGUGUUAUUGAACCUAUAGGUAACAGAUUUUAUGAGCUUUUAGUUUUUACUUUUUUUUUUUUUUUUAACCUCAUCUAAACCAAUAACAGGCAUUAUCUAUCUGUAAAUGAACAUGGCCAAAAUUUGGAUACAGACGGUAUAAAAAUAGUGAUGGGUUUACAGAUAUUAUUUUAAAAAGGUUCAGUAAUGCUGUAAUCUAUGCUUCUAAAUAAUAAUGGCAAGUUUAUUUUAACAUUUAAUUUGCUUUCUUAAACCCUUUUAGGCCAGGUUCUCUCAAUUAAAAAUAGUAUACCAUUUAUAAAUAUGGGAGCAUAGUUAUAAUGUGAAGUAAAACAGAAAGUUCCUUUAUUCAUUUGAAUAACACACGAAAAUUUAAUUCUGUUUAAUUUUUUUAUUUAUUCGUUCACCCUGUACAGAAAUAUUGAUUAAAUGUUUCAAAUCUUUUACCAUGCCACAUUUCUUGCAAGGUUUUAAAUAGAAUGCAGCCACAAGGUUUUACCAUAUAGAUUGUUAUUGUUUAGGAUGAGGGUGUUGGGGGAGGGUUUACCAUUUACAGUGUCCAAAAUGGAGUCCUAGCAGAAGUGUUUUUAUUUCUUCAGAGAGAAAACUAAUACUUGGGCAUUCAAAUGUAUGGUGUAAAUUUAGAUUUUCAUCGGUUUGCACAGCACAAUUAAUGUUGGCUUAAGUGUUACAGGGUGGGAAAUUAAAGGGUUAGUUGCACGCUAUUGUUUGUUUGCUUUUUAUUCUGUCAGCCUUUAAAAUUUACUUAUGAAUAAAUAGACUGAAACACAAUACAUUGCAUUUUGCUUGUGAAUGGGAGUCAUGCUUAUUGUCCUCAAAUCUUUCUGUAACUGCUUAAUUGAAUAUGGUGAUCAGAAUGGGAAAUUUACAAAAUGCCAGAUCCUGCUCUUGACAAUCCCUUAUCUCCUUGAUAUGGUUUUUAGUAGUGUCCUCUUUGGAAAAAGGCAUACCUCAGUAAUUGAAACCUUAUAUCUAUUUACAUAACAAUACAGGGGAUUUCCUGCUAGCUAUCCAGUUGUAAUGGCUACCAUGGUGACGGAAUUUAUCAAAUGUAAGUUUAGAAAUAAAAGCGUCACCCUAAAUAUGUACUAACGUUUAUUCUGCUAAGAACCUUGGACCUUUAACAGAGUAAAAGGGUCUCCUUUUGCAAUGGUAAAGGCAGUGUCACUUUAGUAAACAAUUUUUAAGUAGGUGCUUGACUCUGGUAUAUGGAAAGUGUCCAUUCCAACCUAAGGACAUGCACUUAAUAGAAAGGUAACCUAGAUGGGGGUCUUAUUCCAAAGGGUAAAUGGGGAACUGUAAGCACCAUAACCACUACAGCCCAUUACAGUGUUUGUGGUGUCGGCAGGCUUCUGCUUCCAUCCUUCUCAGUCAAUCUCAAUCUCAAUUUUUUUUUUUUUAAGCAGUUUCACGUGUUGCUAAUGUGGAUGUGUAUCUUCCAUAUUAGCAAUAUCCGUUUUGUACAAAUUUGGAUGGCAUUAAUUGGCAUCAGCUGACCUGCUUCACCAAAGGUAGUGUGGAAAUUCAGCCUCCACAUUAGAAGUAUGGUAUCUGAAUGACCAAGUUGUAGACUGCCAGUGAAAGCUCAGUUUGUGUCACGGGAAGUCACAAAGCAAGCUAAUUGUAUUCUUGUCAAUGUUGGUUUAUGAGUUAGAAAACCUUUGGAUAUGUUUUGUAAUAGAAUUAGUUUGUGCACCUUUUUCUAACAUUUGGCAAAGAAUGAUGAGAUCGGAAGAAAUAUGCAUUGUUGAAUUUGGAUUUGUGUUAGAUUAUAGGUGUGUUUGGGCUCAAAGGUAAAACUUUGUUUGGCAGCAAGUAGAUUUGGAUCCACGUUAGAUUACAGAAGGAAAUAUCAAUGCCAAACCAGUUAAAUCCAGCACAGACACUUUUAUUUUAGUGGACGAAGCAGGAGGGGUGGCCAACGCAAGAGUACUCUUGAACAUCUCUAGUGAAUUACGAAAAAUAUAAUGUAGAAGAGUACAUGUGUUUAGAAACCUAAUUUCUAAACAAUAUUAUUGUUUACAGCCGUGCUAAUCUGUUUCAUUGCUGUAAAGCAUGUAAAGCUUUGAUAUAAGUUUGUACAUUCCAAACCUGAACUUGUAGAAAAGAGGAACACUUGGAAAGUAUACUGUUCACAAUGUGUUGUUUUGUUUAAAAUACUGAUCUCUUACAGUAUUCACAGGUUAUUCACUAAAUUUGUGAAUUAAAGGAACCCCACCCCCACGGGGGCUAUCGGUGCUGACUCCAUCUCUGCCUCCUCCAAUGUCAAUGCAGGGAGGAACUUAAAGGACCACUAUAGGCACCCAGACUACUUCAACUCAGUGAAGUGGUCUGGGUGCCAGGUUCCCCUAGUUUUAACCCUGCAGCUGAAAACAUAGCCCUUUCAGAGAAACUGCUAUGUUUACACUGCAGGGUUAAACCAGCCUCUAGUGGCUGUCUCCCUGAUAGCCACUAGAGGCCGCUUCCACGAUUUACAUUGAGUAAAUCGCACUUAUUUGACGCUGGAUGUCCUCACGGAGUCCAGCAUCAAAUAAGAUCCCCAUAGGAAAGCAUUGAGUAAUGCUUUGCUAUGGGCAGGUUUGAAUGCGCGCGUACUGGCAGUGCGUGCGCAUUCGGCUCCACUCGGGUGCUGACAUCGGCGGUGGAGGAGAGGUCACCAGCAACGGGCACUGAAUUCAGGUAAGUGGCUGAAUGGGUUGUAGCCCCUUCAGUGCCGAGGGAGGGGAGCACUCCAAGAGCCUAUAGUGCCAGGAAAAAGGGUUUGUUUUCCUGGCACUAUAGGAAACCUUUAAUGCGUAUAUGUUGAGAUCGCCACCCGCGCAUUAGGCUUUCCCCAUAGGAAAACAUUGCAUCAAUACUUUGCUAUGGGGAUUUAGAACUCACUGGACGUCCUCAAUCAAGGCCCGUCCAGCGUCGUUUCACGGAGUUAAGCACCACUAGUGACUGUCUGUAAGACAUCCGUUAUAGGCAGUCUUAACACUGCACUGAAAAGAUUGUACUUUCUAUAAAACUGCAGGGUUAAUGGGGCAGGGACACUGCACCCAGACCUCCUUCAAUGAGAUGAAGUGGUCUGGGUGCCUACAGUGGCCAUUUAAAAGUAAAUUUAAUAUUUAGGCCAAAGUAGCUGAAUUGGAAACAUUCUCCAAAUCAGCUGUUUUCAGUUUGACUAUGUUGGGCUGAAAUUUUUACUUAACUUUGACUUCCUGACAAACCACAUUUUAGUGAAUAACUCAGUUAGUUUGAUUAUGUAAAUUAGAGAUUGACAAAUAUUUGUAGAGUUAAGAAACUUGUAAAGCCAACAUGAUUAUUUACAUUUGCGCCUGUUGUGAUCCAGGGAGGCAAUAUCUGUUCCGCCCCCCUGAAAAAGAAUCAGAUUUUUAUAAUACCGAGGAUUUUUCUAUCCCUUACUCUCUCUCACUCACUUGCCAAGGUCAAACAUUGGUAUAAUUUUGAUUAGUAUUUUUUUAAAAACAUUUUUUUUUUUUAUAUAUGAUCUUGUUAUAUUUGCUCUAGAACAGUCCUCUAUCCCUGGUUAACAAGAUGACUUCCGAAGCAACUAUUUCCACAUCGAGGACCAGAAUUCAAAAACCAGGCUACCGGGACUACUACUGGUUGCGCUCAUUUGUGGCAGGAGGUAACACAUUUCUCUUUGCAUCAUAUGGUCAUUUAAAUUACAUUAACAUGUUUAUUUUGUAAAAUCUGUAUUCCUUUUACAUAUAUCUGCCCUUGAAGUGAUAUUCCAAGCUUAAUGCUACAGUCCCCUGGUGCAGUCCAACAGUAAACUAUUAAACCAUUUAAGAAAGGUUUGAUACUUAACGGGCUUUGUUUUGUGCCUGCGUUGCUUUCUGUCUUGAGUUGAUAUGCCAAAUUCUGCUUUACCAUGUAAUAAAACACUGUUAUAAAGGUAAAUAGGUAAAUAGAUAUUAGGGUUUGUUCAAUAUACUGGGAAUAUAGGUAUUUACAGAUAUAAGGCCAAAAUAAUGCAGGGCUUUUCUUGACACCUAAACCCUGGCCCCUCUGCAGCCACUUUGAUAAUGUUAACAUUAUAUCUUUGUAUUCUCUGUCAAAGCUGUCCAACCUUGGGUGAUAUUUGUAAGCUGUGAGCACAGGAGGGUUUCUUUAUCCUGCUGCUCACAGGCAAUCAUUACUUCUGUAAUGGUUAAGGUGCAAAGGUUGUUCCUUUUAAAACUCUUUCACCAUAAUCACUACAGCCUGCUCUGUCAUAAAUAAUGGGGGCAUGGAGUGAGGUCUAGCAGACUUUGGGUAAGAAAUCAAACCAUUAAAAAACUGACUACUUACAAUGGGGGAGGGGAGGAGGGGAAUGACACCAAAACCACAACAGCGAAUUGUAGUACUUAUUGUGCUUAGAGUAUUUUUUUUAAACUUUGCUACAUUUGUGGCUUACGGAAUUUCCAUUGUCUUACUCAAAGACCGUAAAGCAUUUGCUUUCAAAAAACAAAAAAAAUACAGAUUUCUUUUUUUUCUUUUUCCCCCAGGUGUUGCAAGUUGCUGUGCGAAGACAACUAUUGCGCCUCUAGAUAGGAUCAAGAUUUUGCUACAAGCGCAGAAUAUUCAUUACAGACACCUAGGUAAGUUUGUUAUUGGACAGCAUGGCUAAAAAGUUUAAUUAGGGACCGUUGUUCAGUAAACUAGUUCAGUCCAAUAUUUCAGGUUUUAUUCCAGCUCAUAUUGGGCUUGCCCACAUGGCAAUUUCUAAUGUUGCUUUUAAUUUUAAAGUAGAAAUAAAUGGGGCGGAGCCUGACCGCCGAGCUGUGCAGACGUGGGCAGCACGAGCUCUUGCCUGGCAGGCAGAAUUUGAGGUAAAAUCGGUGGCUACAUAGCCAAAGGACUUAACAGGGUGCACUACCCACGUCGGGGGUGGACUGCUGAAUCGAGUGACACCUCUAUGGAGCCCGUCGAGGCCCGGAGCGCGGAACGACAUGUUCGGACUACUGGAGUUGGAGCCGGGAAGAGGCGUCUGCUCCCCCUGACACCAGACUCACCAAGCGACUCUGCUGGUCUCCUACCCCCCCCCCCCCUUUGGACCGGUUGGGGUUAUCCCAGUACCCACUGGGUGAACGGAUUAAAGCUCUCCCUGCUGCCUCGACAUACCGCUCACUGCAGACACCUCAUGAUGCUCCGACCACACAAGAUGGCGGAGGCCCUUCCACAAGCAUCAAGGGCCCAUCCCAGACUUCUGGGACAAACUGCAGGCACGUUCCACUGCCAUCCGGUCCAAACUGAGAAUGGAGAAUAGAUCACGGAUGGUGACGGGAGAGACACCUCCGGGCAGCGCUCCCACCCAAAUGCCUCACCACACCAAUGAACACCUGCCUAGGCCGAAAGCCACUAGACGCAUGACCUCGAGACAUCGACCAAACAGGUGGUAGAUUGUAUGCCGCUGGCGGCAGAUGCCACCACGAUCUUCCAACUGCCCCGUGGGGGGCCAGUACUUGGCCGUACAAAGAUACAGAGUCCGUGUACAGAGGAUGUCUGCUCUCAUAAAGGCCUACGGCUGGAGGAAUAUCUCUUGUAUCUGUCGCCCCCCAGCUGAUACUGGGACACCGAAUGCAUGCUCAGCAGACCUGCCACCCCAAUUGGCUGAUGCCCACCGCGCAAUGCUCAAUGCCUUAAUGUGUUAACGUUAAGUGCCAUACUAUCGCACAUGUCUUUAGUGCAGCAUUGUGUAACACUCUAUGCCCCAGUGUUUAAAGCUUGUUAAGUAGGUCAGCUCAGCAUAUUUAACUUUGCCAACCUAAUUAUCCAAAUAGCAUUCCAGACAUAUACUCAGCCUGUUUGUCUAAGCACCUUAUGCCUUUGUAGGAACGUAUAUUUCAUAUGAAACACUGUAGUUUAAAAUGUGCAGCUUCACUUACAAUAUUAGGCUACUGCUAUAAGCAUGUUUUAUUAUACUAACUCUUCCUCCAUUUGUAAAUCUGGCUUUUUUUUUACCACAUACAUUGAGCAUAUUAUUAAUAAACACAACCUACUUUCAGAGGAACUCAUAAGUAUAUCUCUACAUUCGCAUCUUAUCUCAACGUGUGUGAAAUGCGUACUAAUCGAAUAAUUCUUACGUGCUAUGAUGUACUUUGUUUAAUUAGCUCUUGCAAAUCUAAUCUUGAAUAUUUAAACUCUACAUCUGUUCAUAGUCCUGAAACAACAGUUUAGCAUGUGUAUAUUUUACUUAAUUAAUAUAACAUGAGGCAGUCAUUUUUAGGAGAUGUUUAACCAUGAUGUGAUAUCCCUAUCUUGUGUAUUUCUCGUUCAUCUCCCUUUCUUUAUUCUGUAUCACCCAAAACAUAUACCUUAAUAAAAGCAAGAUUGAUUUAAAAAAAUAAAUAAAUAUGACUUGCUGAAUGGGAUUCAGAGAUUUAUGUGCUGCAGUUUCUGCCAUACAGGUUCACACUUUUACCUCUGUUGGCAAUAAGGGGCUUUUUUUUUUUCCUUUCAAUAAAGCAUAAAUAUUGCAUGAGUUGUUACGCUGCAUGUGUAGUGACUAUAAUGUGACCCAAUCAUCUUAAUUAUUAGGAAUAGCAAUGGGAAGCAGAAACCUGUAUCACAAGAUCUGGCUACCAAAACCUCCUUCAGACAUAUAACGUAUUCCCUAUUAAGUAGAUUGUGACUUGGUUAGAAUUUCUCAAAAUGUUUUUGUUUCAUUUAUAACAUUACAUCUAAAUAAGGAACACCAUUUCUUGCAUUCAGUGUUAUCAACAUCAAGUGUGAAUUGAGAGUGAAAUUUAAAUAUUAGGUAAAAAUAGACAGAUUGGAAGCAUGGGGAGAAACUUCGCAAACACACUUCGCUAUUAUCCUAAAAUCUAAAACUCACUAUAAAAUCCUGUCAAUUCAUGAAACUGCUUGAUAAUCAAAUAGUAACUGAUUUAUUUCUCAGACCACCAUUAUUGUAUUAAUGGGAUAUACGCCUGACACCCCUUCUCAAGGUCCCUUUGCAUCUCUGUGUUUAAUUUUAGGGGUGCUAGCUACAGUAUUUGCAGUCCGUCAGAAGGAAGGUAUCCUUGGGUUGUAUAAAGGAAAUGGAGCCAUGAUGGUACGAAUCUUUCCUUACGGAGCCAUACAGUUCAUGGCAUUUGACAAGUACAAAAAGGUUUGUUUCAUUAUUUUUUUUAUUUUGCUCUUCUUUUUUAUUUUUUUAUUUUUUUUUACUGUGUCUUGUUUUCUGGUCCUUGUUUGCCCCUUCAUUCCGAAGCCAGUUAGAAUGUAAGCUGCAUUCAGUGUUUAUAGGGGAACUGGUGUUUCCCUCAAAGUGACAGUUCCUCAUUUUCCCAUCCUGGUAUAACUAUUUCCAGUUCAUCAGUAUCUGAACUGAGUGACCUCAGCCACUCUGUCCCUGUGCUCCUUUAGCAAGUGCUGUGGUUGCAGUGCUGGACAGUAGGAGGAUUCUACACUUCUUGUCAGUCAACUUCUCAGCAUAUGCAGACUCUGUGUUGAAUAAGUGAUUGACAGAUAGGGCUGGGACCCUUUUAAAAAUAAAAAUAAAAAAUUGUUUUGUUUUGUUCCAAAGUAUACAUUUGUUAUAAAGUCUGCCUUUAAAACCACAACCACAUACACUUCUGUGUACCAUGGUAGGUACAUUUUAAAUAACUUGCCAUUUUUUUAUUUUUUUUUGUAAAUAUAAUUUUUAUUUCCUGUAAUUGGGAAUAAUAGGUAAUUAUUGUGCAGACACGCAGGUCUGUAGGUUGUAUUCAGCUUAUUAGUAAAAAGAACAGAAAGGAAAACAUGCAACAAGGCGGGCACGCAGGCCCAAUAACAAAGUCGGACUCACAGGUCCCUUAAGUCAACGGUAAAGCUUAAUUAGACAGAGUCCCCCCCCCCCCCAGAGAAUUCUCAUUAAUCCCACGUUCCCCUGUUGUUUGGGGCAGAUCAUCCAUCUUCGUCUAAUUUGUCAGCCCCUUGGACUGGGCUCUUUGCCUACUUCUAUGCUGUCUGCUGCCCUCCCCGCUAUUGCCCCUCUAGUGUUCAGGUGUACAUAGUUGUAUUAUCCUUAUGUGAGAGAGGGACUAUUGUGGUCCAGUCAUGACUUGUUCUCAAGAGGUCACAUCUAAUGAGGACCUUAGUCAUUGACGGACUGUGGUGAUAUAGUGGGCAGGGGUCCCAUGUCAGAGGGGGAUAUACAUACUGGGGGGUAUGUUGCCCCUGUCUGUUGGACUUUUGACAGUUGGGUGGUAUCCCCCAUUUUAGUAUAUGGGAGGGUAAGUGGGGGGUAAGGUAAGCGUAGGGAAGGAGGAAGAGGGUCUGUCCGUCGUCCAUGUGUCUGUCCAGCCGGUGUAACUCCCUGUCAUUAGGUAUGGAGCAGUGUCAGGAAGUCUUGUGUCGUCGUGGUCAAUAUCCAGUGGGUCCAGAUGUCUAAGUAUGUCUGAUGUUGUUUUUCAGUAGCUGACAUGGCGAGCUCUUCUACCGCUCGUAGCUCUUCCAUCUGCGUAAACCAUUUAAGUAUGGAAGGAGUCUCUGUUUUCUUCCAGUAUUGUGGUAUAGUCUGCUUGGCCAUGUUUAGAAUUCGAAUUGUAAGGGACUUUUUGUAUUUAGAAAUUGGUAUAGUCGUGUGGUGGAGCAGCAUUGCUGCCGGGUCUAAUGGUGGUGGGUUAUCGGUGAAGCGGGAAGCUAUUUUAUGAAUUUUCCUCCAAAAUGGUUGUACGAGUUCACAUGCCCACCAAGUGUGUAGGGGUGUACCUGUUGUCUUUGCGCACCGCCAGCAUAGGCUUGACCCGUGAGCGUGCGUGUAUUGAGUCGUGUCCGGGGUACAGUACCAUUGCGUGAGUAUUUUAUAUGCUGUCUCCUGACUCUUGCUAAAAAUGGAGCAAUGGUGGGUGACCUCACAGAUCUUUUCCCAGUCAGCCCCACUAAGUGUGUGAUUGAGGGCCUCUUCCCAUUUCCCCAUGAAGCGUGGCGCGGCCAUGGGUGUGAGUGUUUGUAGGAGGGCGUAGAGGUGCGAGAUGCCAUGUGGCAAUGGGUCAGGGUCUGCGCAUAUCUGUUCAUAGGCGGUGAGUUCCCUAGUAAUGGCUCCUGCGCGGGGCAGGGUCUUUAUGUAGCUCAUCAGCUGUGCGUAGUGGAAGUGGGUUGCGAAUGGUUGUGUGUGACCCCCGCAUAAGUCAGCCAAGGUCCUCAGCCCCCGACCGGAGCACACAUGUUGCAGCCUUGGCAUUGGGUACUGCACCAGGGCCUGCAGUUCGCUAGGGUCCGUGCCCGGCGGGAAGUCAGGAUUAUGUGUGAGGGGAAGCAAUGGGGACGUGUGUGCGGAAAGCGCGUGUCUACCGGCAUUGCCUCGCCAUAUCCUCAGAGUUACUUUCGUAUACGGGGAGUAGUGCGUUUCCCUUCCGUCCGUCCCCGCGGGGAGCCACGGGAUAAGGGCGGCUGGGAGCUUAGCUAUCCCCUCCUCUGCCUGUUUCCAUAGUUUGUUGACCCCUGUCUUGGACCACUCCGCAACACGUUGCAGGUGGCAUGCCUUGUAGUAUAGUCGGAAGUCCGGUAGAGCCAGACCCCAUUUGUGUUUGGGUUGAGUUAGCAGUGUGUAUUUCAGUCUGGGUCUCCUCCCGUCCCAAACAAAAGCCCCUAGAGCCUGCCGGAGCUUGGCGAAAAAAGAGGAUGGGAUCGUGAUGGGCAGGGCCUGGAAGAGGUAGAGCAGUCUCGGUAGAAAGUUCAUUUUUAUUACUUGGAUUCUACCCAGCCAGGAGAUGUGCGGGAGGGCCCAGUCCCUCAUGUCUGUACGGAACUUAGCUAGUAUCGGAGCGAAGUUCGCUGUGAAUAACUCCGAUUCCUUAACGGUCAGCCAAGUGCCGAGGUAUCGGAUUUUGUCUGUGGCCCAUUGGAACGCGAAGCUCUGUUGGAGCUGUGCGGAUCUCCUUGCGGGGAUGCUUAAAUUUAAGAUAUAGGACUUUGAGAAGUUAAUCUUGUACCCCGAAAGCCCUCCAAAGGCCUGAAACUCCUGCACUAAGUUGGGAAGGGAGACUUCCGGGUGGGUUAUGAAGAAUAGUAGGUCAUCCGCAUAGGCGGCUAGCUUAUGGUGUGUGUCUCCUAUGUGUACCCCCUUAAUGUCUGGGUGGUGACGGAUUGCGGUUAGUAGGGGUUCUAAAGCCAGAACGAACAGUAGUGGGGACAAUGGACACCCCUGUCGCGUGCCGUUGUAUAUCGGGAACGCCUCUGUGGGUGCCCCGUUGACCAGCACAUGCGCCGUCGGGUGAGUGUAUAGGGCCCUAACCCAUCCACGCAGGUAUGGUCCCAUUCCCAUGUGUGACAAUGCCUGGAACAUAUACUCCCAACAGACCCUGUCAAAGGCCUUCUCCGCAUCCGUGGAUAGCAGGAGAAGGCCUGUGUCGUCCCCUGAUUUUCUGUGCAUAAUCGUGAGGGCCCUGAUGGUGUCAUCUCUGGCUUCCCGGCCCAUCACAAACCCCACCUGGUCCGCAUGGACCAGAGAGGGCAUGUGCUCCUGAAGCCGGGUCGCCAAGACCUUGGCCAGUAGUUUAAUGUCAUUGUUUAUGAGGGAUAUGGGCCGGAAGCUCCCGCAGUGCUCCCUGUCCUUGUCCUCUUUCGGAAUUAUGGUGAUAUGGGUCAUGAGUGCCUGUGUGGGUAAUUCAUGUCCCUCUCUGAUGGCGUUGAACAUGGCCAGUAGUGGGGGAUACAGGGUCUCGGCAUAGCUUUUAUAAUAUUUGAGAGGCAGGCCAUCGGGGCCUGGACUCCUACCCGGUUUCAUGGAUUUGAUGGCGAGUGCUAGUUCCCCCAUGGAUAUUGGUUCGUCUAGUUGAUCUGCCGUGUCCGCCUCCAGGGAGGGAAGCCUAUGGGUCUGUAGGUAGUCGUCUAUUGAGGCCCGUAGGGAGCGUGACUGUGCGUCUGUGUGGGGGCGUGGGAGGGAGUAGAGUUCCGCAUAGUAUGUGCGAAUAAUUUCUUGGAUCUUGGCCGGGUGUCUGUGUAGGACCCCUGCCUUGUCACGGAUUCUAUCUAUAUACGUGUCUUGUCUCCUUUUGGCCAGCAUGCGCGCUAGAAGUUUUCCGCUUUUGUUUCUGUGUAUUGCAAAGAAGGCCCUGUUUCGUAAUGCGUCCCUUUGAUAAGUUGAGUGGAGGAGAGUGGUCAGUUCCCUCCUAAGGCGGAGGAGUUUGGCCUGGUGUGUGGGGAGUUGGUGUUGUUUGUUAAGUGUGUCUGCUUGUUCUAUGUCUGAUAGCAGAGCGGCCAUGCGGGCCUCUCUCUGUUUCUUCAGGAGUGAGCUUUUUUGAAUAAAAUGCCCCCUUAUGACACACUUGUGUGCCUCCCAGCGUAUGGUGGGGGGGGUUUGUUCGCAGGUGUUGUUUGUGAAGUAAUCCCGCAGUGUCUUCCCAAUGUCAGAUGUGACCGUUGGGUUAGUGAGCAGUGAUUCAUUUAACCUCCACUUGGAGAUCUUGGGUCUAUGGAGGGGGGAGUGUAGUUUAAUGGUCACCGGUGCGUGAUCUGACCAUGUCACGGUGCCCUGGUCUGCCUGUAGGACCAACGGUAUGUGGUGACUGGGAACUAGGAGAUAGUCUAUGCGGGUGUAGGAGUUAUGGGGGUGGGAGUAGAAGGUGAAGUCCCUUUCGUCAGGGUGAAAUGCUCUCCAACAGUCCACUAAUUUCGCUCUAGUCAGGAGAGCUUUAAUGGCCAUAAGAUAUUGCAAUGAAAUGUGUGAGUGACCUGAGGAGGAGUCCCAUUUGGGGUCCAAUGUUACAUUCAGGUCUCCGCCUAUUAUCAAGAUGCCUUCUUGAAAGCCUACAAGUGUGCGGAGCGUCUUGGCCAGGAAUUUAUAUUGCCCGCGGUUAGGGGCGUAGAGAUUGGCAAAGGUAUAUGUUGUGUUCGCGAUCGUCCCCUUGAGGAAUAGGAAGCGGCCCUCUGGGUCUGUCAGGACCCCUGUUUCUGUGAAGGGGAGGUGUCUAUGUAGGAGAAUCGCCGUGCCCCGUGACUUACCCCCCUGAAAGUCGCUGUAGUAUCCUUUUGGAUAGUGUUGGUUAGUCAGUGUGGGUCGUGAGCCUGCCCGGAAGUGGGUCUCUUGUAGAAACACUAUGGAGGCGUGAGCCGCCCUGAAAUCCUUAUGAGCCCCGGCCCUUUUUUCUGGCGUGUUGAGUCCCCUAGCAUUCAGCGUGAAUAUUGUGAGGGGGGCCGGUUGCAGGGACAUGCUGGAUUUGAGUCUAUCACUCAGAGGUGACGUAGGUUCGUCCGUCCGUUAGUCAGGUAUAAAAAGUCCGUCCUGUAGUCAGGUAUAGAAGGUAUGGGGUGGGGAAACUCGGGGGAAAACUGGGUAGGUCUGAGGGAAAGAAGGGGAGGAUCGCACCCUCUAGGUCUAGGGACCGGGUACGGAUUAGUGUCGCCGUAUACGGCGGGUUAUGGAUUCGAGCGUUGGGGGAGCAGUGAGUCCCCCCCUCCCUCAGGUAGGGGGAGUGCACCGCGCACCCAAGUCUGAACGCUCCGGCCAAUAGGGUAGCAAAGGAGCCCAAGAAACCCCAAGUAGGCAGAGCCCCGCGGGCCCGGGACGCUCCCAGAAAGAUCGUCACGUUCCACUAAGAGCCCCGGAGCUCCGUCCAGUCGGGACAUCCCGUUUCCCCGUCUCAUGGCUCUCCAAGUUGGGAAUGUAGCUUAUGGAAAACCUCUAUAGGCUAAUGUGUGCAUGGUCUGUGUCAUGACCGCUGCCGGUGGGUCGUCUGGCCCACAGGUGUGACGUGAUGUUGUUAGUCUAUAUUGAGUUGCCUGCCCGCCGCCCCCAGGUGACAUGAAAUGCCCCAGUCUGGGUCUAUUCCCUCCCAUUUGGGCGAUAAUCGCCCUAGUCAUGCGGAUGUGUGUCAGGGUGACCCUACAAUGGCCUGUCUUAAAGCCCUCGCCCAGCCCUCCGUGCAAAGGUUCGAGGGAAGUUAGAAAAGCUUGAUCCAGUGCGAUGGGCUCCUCUGACCCCCGUGAAUGGCUAGGUGGUGGUAGCCUAGAGCCCUCCCAGCGCAUCUCAGCAUAACCUGCCUGGGGGCCACGUAUCUUGGUGUGUCUACGGGGGUUGGCUGGGUGUAUACCUCGGGGCCUACUACUCCUAGGUCAUAUUCAUAUACAUAAAGGUCCAGGGCUCAAGAGCGUCCAUCCCCUUCUCCCUGUACCCGACCCAUGCAGGGAGUGUCACUCUAUCCGGCGUAGGGUCCCCCGGUUCCUCCCCCUCCCUGCUCGGCUCAAAGUUCUCGGGCAGUGGGGAAGCACGGUACUCCCAUGCCCCCCCACCUCCCGGGGUAAUACUUGCGGCAUGGGCGAGGAAAAAGGUGCGUUGUCAUCAGGUUCAAGGGUGGAAGUCUACGGCCCCUCCGCUUCCUCACGAACAUAGGGCCCGGAGGUGAGAGCCCAGCUGUAUGUCUCUUGGUUGGUGCAGUAAGGUUUCAAGGCGUCAAGAAAAAACAAGUCAUCCCGUUCAUGGCAUGGUUCACGAGGUCAUAGUCCCGGGGGGCGGCAGGGCAGGCGGCUUAUCUAAUUCGGUGUCCCCGCCUGUCUUGUAGUCUGUGUGCGGGGGGCUCACAGCCUGCGGGGUUUGGGGCCUGUGCCUGGAGGCCUGGGGCCUUCUGUGUAGAAACGUAGCGGGUUCGGCCAAAGAAGCUUCUCCGGCGACAGGUGCAGCUCACGUUGGAUCGUCUCCAGAUCUUCUGCUCCCGUGACCAUGAAGGGGCCAGAGGGUGUUGCAAUUUGAAGGCCCGUGGGGAAGCACCAGCGGUACCUGAUAUUUGUGGUCUGCAACUGCCUGGUAAGGGGCUUCAGGGCCCGCCGGUAGGCCAAUGUAGCUGGGGACAGGUCUGGGUAUAGCUGGAUUUCUGAUCCGUCUAGCAGUACCUUUUCUGUGGCACGUGCCUUACGCAGGAUCUCCUCCUUGAGCUGGAAACUCUCCAUGCAGCAGAUGAUAUCUCUUGGGGGCCCGCCCGGGGGUCCUUGUGGCCUCAGGGCCCUGUGGGCUCUAACGAAGCCCAUGUGCGUCUGGGACGGCCUAGCUAGGAGCCUGUUGAACAGCUCCAGCAAGGUGCUCUGUACCGGGGCUUUACUGUCUAGUUCCUCUGGGACCCCUCUCACCCGGAUAUUCUGGCGUCUCCCCCUGUUGUCGAGAUCCUCUAUAUGCAGGGCCAUCUGUCUCAUCACUGUAGUGUGGUGCUGCAGCGUGUCGGUAUUGGCAGCCUGUGCCGCUGCCAUGUGGUCACAGUCCGCCUCGAUCUGAGCGACUCGCUGGUUGAGGCCUUGGAGGUCUUCCCUCAGCGCGUGGAGUUCCGUCGUGAUCGAUGUGCGCAGUUCUGCGUUGGCCGUCCUGAGGUCUGCCUUGGUGGGUAAGUCCUUCAGUAGGGCCACCAGGUCUGGUACUGCGGUAUACCCUGCAGUGGGGGUCUGUUCUCUCGUAGGGGAGUGUGGGGAGAAAAUGGCCGACUCCAUGGAGUCAUUUGAGGCCUGCGGAUCCAUGUCCGCCUGUGUGAGCAGGUAGCGCUUCAUUGUCGGGGUCGGGGUUCCCUUUGGGGCAUCCCCCGGUCGUUGGGCAUGUGAGGCUCGGUGGGUUUUCCCCAUCACCGCGGUCAGGGUGCAGUUUAGCCGAGGUUAUGAGCUGAGCCUGCGGGGAGCUCGAGGAUUAUGCUGCCAUUUUCUCGGACCGCCAAGCCACGCCAUAACUUGCCAUUUUUAAUCCAUCUCUUCUGUUCAAAUCCUCAACAGAAUUCCAAGUGACUUCUGGUUUGCAUAUUUGUCUAGCUAGAUAGAUCUUUGCUCAUAAAACCUGAUAUUGAAAGAUCCUCCCGAAACUUUUAUAAAAAGAGCUUUUGAUGAACUAGAAUGUGCCCUGCAGGCAUUUAUUCCAAAAAUGGAAUAAAGAAAGUCAAUUACCACAGCUGUUGAUAUUGUUAAGAAGUUUUGUCACCUCUUCACCAGAAGGUUAAAAUAAGAUUUAUAAUAUUUUUCCUUUUUUCUUUUUCUUUCAGUUAAUAAGCAAAAAAAUUGGAAAAUCUGAGCAUAUACACAGGUUGAUGGCCGGAUCGAUGGCAGGUAAAAUACUUUAAUAAAACAAUGUGUCUGUGUAGAUUUUAAACUCCAUAAGAAGGGAUUGUGGAACUACAGCCUCUAUGCUUCUUUACUAGUUGUUUGUCAUAGCCUUGGAAGUAUAGAAUGGAUCAUUGGAAUGGUAAUUUCACAAACCAAUAUAUUGGCUAUUCCAGCUGAGUAGUUGCAGACAUUUAGGUCUCCAGCUCUUUUGCCUUUGCAAUUCCCAUAAUCAUUGGGCAGGAUGGUAUCAUACUGACAUGGCCAAAAGUAGAUGUAACCUUGCAUUUUAAUAAAAAACUUCAAUGCACCAUUCGCUCUGAACGUCGACCCGAGUUUGCCAAAAUGCAUGUGACAGGCCACAAUGCUUUUAGGGGAAUAUCCUUUGGAUAGACGAAACAAAAGUAGAGCUUUUUGGCAAAUUACAACUACUCUAUGUUUAUAGAAGGAAAAAACAAUACCAUCCCUACUGUCAAACAUUGUGGCUCUGUUAUGUUUUGUGGUUGCUUUGCUGUCUGGCACUGGGUUCCUAGUAUCUGUGCACGACACAAUGAAGUCAGAAGACUAUCAAGGCAUUCUGGAGUGAAAUGUACUGCCCACUGUUUCAUAAAACUGUGUCUCAGUCGCAAGUCAUGGGUCCUCCAGUAGGAUUAUGACCCAAAACAUACCUCAAAAAGCACCCAAGAAUGGAUGAGAAGAAAUCAUUGAACUGAGAGCUGAAACAUGCAAUUGCGAAAAGGCACCCAUCAUACCUAUGAGAAAUGGAGAAGUUUGCUCAAGAAGAGUGUGCCAAAAUCCCAGUCGACAAGUGUAGAAAGUUAUAGAAAGCGAUUGAUAGAUAAUAUAUUUUUCUUUUCAUAUUUUGAAAAAUAUACAUAUGGUUUUUAUCUAAAAAAUAUUAAAUCAUUUGAAACAAUGGAUGGUACUCUAGGACAUUGUUUUUAUCCUUGCUUUGAAUAAUUUGUUUGCUGUUGUCAAACAGAUUGGAUUUUGUUUAGAUAGUUCUGUACACACAGUCAGAUGCUACAAUGUAAAACAAGUCUAUUUGUUCAACUUCCAGGUAUCACUGCAGUGAUUUUCACAUACCCACUGGACAUGGUCAGAGCACGACUCGCAUUUCAAGUUAAAGGAGAACACAGAUAUAAUGGGAUUAUACAUGCUUUCAAAAUUAUAUAUACUAAGGUAUUUCUUAAAUUAUUCUCGUCUAAAUAGAUAAUAGUUUAGGUAGGUAGAAAGGUUAGUAGAACAACCAUGGAAAAGCAUUGCAAUGUGCUUUACCUUAGAGAUGUGUUUAUUUAAUACGUCUUAUUUAUCUUUUACCAUGGAUAUAUAUGUCUAGAUCUGUAUCUGUGAUAGACCAGGGUGAGUCCUUCAAUCAGGAACCUGUCAUUUUGUAGGUAACCAUCACCCUCUGGUAGACAGCUGCAAGUGGCAGUCUUAACCCUGCAAUGAAAACAUUGCAGUUUAUCUAAAACCACAACAUUUCACCUGCAGGGUUAAGGGGACAGGGACAGUACAGCCAGACCACUUCAAUGAGAUGAAGUGGUCUGGUUGUCUAUAGUGUCCCUUUAAUUCCCAAAGAGUUUAUGGGAUAAGUAGCUUUUCCACAAUAACCUUAUAAUUUACAGUAUGUGUAUUACAAAAUUGCCACGAUCAUUCUAUGCUCACUGGUGGAAGAACUAAACUGUAAAUAUUUUAGUGUGGAAUAAGAUUCUCUGCAUUUGGUAUUUGUUUUCUUUUGAAAACACAUUUAUUAUAAUUAACAAAAAUCUUUUGCAGGGACACGUGCUGAAGGGUGUGUAGGGAAGUGAUGGCUAGCUUCCUUGUUUAUGUAAUAAAUAUGCAGUUAGUUGUUUAGCAAUAAAAAUGUGGGGGGGAAAACACAAAACAAGUAUAUAGAAAUAUAAAGUACAACCUGGAAAAAUUAGUAGGUAUAAUAUACCAACAAAACAACAUAGAUGUUUUUUUUGCCAUUCUUUAUUACGCUAAGUGAAUAGUAAGUAGAACACUCACAAACAGACAAGGUAUUCAGGCGUGAUCUGUUCCUAGUACCCUUUGAAGGGUACUAGGAACAGAUUUUCUCUGGUAUGUCUUCCUUAUAUAAAAAUGAUGAAUAGCCACUAUUAAAAUUUAUUGUAUUGCACUUAUAGACAGAAGAAAUUGAUGGGCAUAUCUCCACAAAGUGGUAAUCUCAGCAUUAUGUUAAUAGAUAGAAAUAUAGGGAGGGUUAUUUUGAGGUAUUUAAAGUAAAAUCACCAUUUACGGCAAUCAAAGAAGAAUAAGAACAGAUAAAACAAAAUGAUGAAAGUGAUGACCUUUUGAGUGUCACGGUUUUCUACAAUCUUGAGCUUAAAGUUUUGUGGGGUUUUUGUUGUUGUUUUUGUUUUAGGAAGGAGGACUUCCUGGAUUUUAUAGAGGACUCAUCCCUACUGUUGUUGGAAUGGCCCCUUACGCAGGUAAUUUAAUCUGAUAAUGAUCUUAUAUACUAUACAAAUCCAGUAUUAUCAUUCUAUGAUUUCUACUGGAAGAAGAGAAAUAGAGCUAUUUUGACACAUAAGGCAUGUCAUUGAAAGAUUGUAGAGUAAAAUUAGAUUCUAUGCAUUUAUAUUUGGUUUUUUUUUUGGAAAAUUUGUCCAUAAAGGGAACAAAAAUCAUGCUGGAGAGUGUUUAGAGUAUUGAUGACUAGCUUUUUAUUUUAUUUUAUUUUUUUAUUCCAGCUGUUGUGGGCUACUUUUGCCAAUCAGUUGACAUAGGAAACCUGUUCCACAGCUGGAAUGCUAAUGUGUGCCAUUAUAGGUGUGGGCAUAAAAAAAAGGAAACAUUCACAACUUGCUGACAAUAUUUCAAAGCCAGCUAAUAUUGUGCCCUGUUUGUAUUACAGGAUUUUCAUUUUUCACCUUUGAGACCUUGAAAACCACGGGUUUGAAACAUGUACCCGAGCUGCUGGGAAAACCGUCCCGGGACAAUCCAGAUGUGCUAGUUUUGAAGACACACGCAAGCUUGUUGUGUGGUGGUGUUGCUGGUGCUAUUGCACAGACUAUAUCGUGAGUUUGCAUUUUUUUCUAGCCGGUGAACUGAAACAAAACAAAUUUAAAUCGAUCACUAGACAAUUAGAAAUUGUUGCGGUUGUGUCCUGAAAUUAAUGGCUGGAAGGAGAGCACUAUUUUGUUGUGAAGCGUGGCACACUAUGCAUUAGGGAAACCUGACUUUUUCAUAGUAAAGCUGAGAGGUAUCUUGCUCAGCACAGAGUGCAGUGUUUAUGAAAAAUAUGUAAAUUUAGCCUCAUGUUAAAAUCAUUGUUUUAAAGAAAAAAAAUUGCCUCCAUUAACGACAUAGCAUCUUAAAUGGGGGCUAUAGCUACAAAAUCAACUUUACCUUACCAAACAGGUAUGGUGUAUAAAUUGUGCCCAUGCAGUCUCACAGCUCAAUCCUCUGCCAUUUAGAAGAGGUGUGGCCCUGGCCUCCUUACAUGUGGCUUACACAACCUUCCUAAACACUUCCUGUAAAGAGUCAUCUAAUGUUUACAUUUCCUUUAUUGCAAAUUCUGUUUAAUUCAGAGUUUCUUAUCUCUUGCCUUGUUAAUAACUUGCUAGACCGUAUAGGAGACUCCUGGAUUUACAGGAGUUAAAAACUGUUAAAGUAACUUAACAGCUGAUUGAAAAUUAAAGCAUUUUCUUUUCAUGCAGGCGGUGUCGGUCACAUCUAGGGGAGGUGUGGCUAGGGCUGCAUAAACCGUAACAAAAGUGAUUUAGCUCAUUAAUGGCAGAGAAUUGGGCAGUGACACUCCAGAGGCAUGAUCUAUACACAAAAACUGCUUUAUUAAGCUAAAUUUGUUUUGGUGUCCAUAGUGUUUAAAAUAAAAUUAAAAAGUUUAAUUUGUAGUAUAUAUACACACCUAUAUUCUCUCAUUUUGUAAAUUUGUAACUAAUGUUGAUUAGUAGUGAUAGUUUUUAUUCUGUUGCAUUGAGUGUUGGGUAUGUCUUUAAGAAUGUCAGUCUGUAGUGGGUAAAAACUAAUUACAAAAACACCUGAUAGUAGUGUUGGAGUUCAGUGAUUCUCAACCUUUAUGUAAUUAUGUAGACUUAUUUUCCAGUAAAUUACCCACUAAUAUAAAGGUGUUUUUGAUUAAAGGUUCCAUUUCUGAAAUGUACAGUGUUACUGACCUACUCCUAAGUCCAAUCAGAAGUACAUCAGGUGUACACGCAAUACAUGUUGAACGCUUUGGAAAAGAGUACCAUAAUACCUCUUUUUAAAAAAGUGUUAUAAACAGUGGUAUUUAAUUCUGUUACUUCAUGUUUCCUAAAGUGUCACUGUUCUUUAGAUGGACCAUUCAUAUUGUCUGGGCUGAUAAUGGCAACAUCUGGUGUUUGUUUUUUUGUUUUGUUUUUACUAAUACUUCUAGAAUUAUUAUAGCUAUCCUUUGGACGUUACCAGACGGCGUAUGCAGUUAGCAGCAAUCUUGCCAGAUUCUGAAAAGUGCAGGUAAGCCUCUAAAGCAAUCUGUACUUUACAACAAUGCAUAUAUACAUACAAAAAAUGAAAGAGGUACACUAUCCUAAAUAUGCCUGCAUUUAUAUGGUACUAUAACAACUGGUAAUACAGCGCUUAUAAGGAAGUCUGUGCACAGCUGUACAACACAGGUUAUAUUGAGUAAACUUUGGAAAUAGGUAAACAUUUUAUGAAUUGACAAUAAAUGUCCUAUUUUACAUAUAUAUUUAAACAUGAUGUAACCUUCUGAUAUCCUCAAAUAUCACAGAUAUCUAUAUAUUCCAUUUAUUUGAAUGAACAUUUGUAGGGGUGAUUGAGCGCCCCAGACUGCACCUACCAAUUGUUCAUAUUAAAUGUUUGUGUUUUUGUUGCAUACUUGCAUUCACAUGGCUCUAAAGGUUACAAUGAAGUAUAAAUUUUUAGGAACUGCACUGGUAAUGUUUGAAUUGUAGCCAUCACAAUUCACGUUUUUGUCAUAGGGUAUUUAUUUAUUUUAACCUGGGGGAUAAAGAACAUCAAAGCGCACAUUGCCAUUGCUGUAGCUAUUUGCCAUUUCUUAAUCAGACAUGGAGCUGUUGCAUGAUCCCUUGUACAUACUUGUACUGCGUGCAUUAUAAUAUAUAACAGAGUUGAUGCCUGCUUAGCAGACAAACAUGGGUCUCUUUGUUACAAUGAGGGUAGCUGAUCCCUCAUGCCCUAAUUACUCUCAGAUCCAAGUAUUUUAAGUGCUGAAGGUGGAAACUUGGAGGCUCUGCUACUCCAAGUCUGCAAUAGAGAAGAUGUUAAACGUUCUCAUGAGUCAUGAUAUGUGCCAUUCAUCAAGUUGCUUGCAGUGAUUCUUUUUAGAUGGUAGUAAUACCAUUACUUAAAAUUUCCACUUGCCCACUACGUAUUGGCAAGUGAAAAUUCAGACGUGGUGAGUAGAAAUUCACCCCUGCUGAGAAUGUCGUGGACCCUCUAGGUUUGCAGUGGCAAGUAACUUUUAGGCUUGGCUAGUAGCGUAGAACUUGACAUUUUGAGCCUUGGUAAUACCAUAAACAAUAUAAACUUUUUUAGUGUAUGAAAUACAAUUACACUCACACUUAUUGUAAAAUGGGGUAGUAUAUUGUGUUCAUGUAAAUUAACACAUUUUAUUAUUUACCUUGCAGAAAUUCAAUCCAAUAAUACUUUUUCCACCUUACUUAUUUUCAGGACAAUGCUUCAGACUCUAAAAUAUGUUUGCAAAGAACAUGGAAUAAGGAAAGGCUUGUACCGCGGGUUGUCUCUGAACUACAUCCGUUGCAUCCCUUCUCAGGCAGUGGCUUUUACAACCUAUGAAUUUAUGAGACAGAUUUUGAGAUUAAAUUAGUGGCCAAUUUAAUUUGUACACUUACUACUACUUGUACAGUGUAAAAUAAUAUGCUGCAUUAAGGAAAAUUAAUUUUCCUUUUUUGAUUUACUUUUUUUUUAUUUUUUUGUAACUGCCUCCCAAGUGUUGAACAAAAAAAUCAGUUUUCUUUGGUUCUAGAUCAAAUCUUCUGUCAACUAAAAUUAACUUCCUGUUUGAUAGUUGCAAAAUCCAACUGCACUACUACGAUUUGUGUGUGUGUUAGUAUGUGUUAAGUUUAUUUUUAUUGUGAUUUGUAUGCAAUAGGAUGUCUCAUAAUAUUUAUAGUUUCUGUAAUUUAAAACAAAACCUGUUUAGGUAAGAAUAUAGAAUUCCAGCUGGCUGAUAAGUAUGUUUUUAUUUAUGUUGACUACUCAAAAUAUAUUUUGUUAUUAUCUUUAAUAUUGGGCAAAGUAAUUUGGAUGGAUCAGCAAUAUGCUAUAGUACUUGGUGUCACUAUUAAUGAUGUUAAAAUUUGAACAGUAAAUGUAGCAUAGAAAAAGUGCACAUUUUAUGUUUUAUGCUCUGUUAAUUUGCACAGUCGUUCCUUUACGGGAAGGGGGUUGGAGUGUUUUGUACUCCACACUUGUAUAUAGUAUUUUCUUUAUUUUGGAGAGGUCUCAAUCAGAAAAAUUGUUGAUAUUUUAAGAGAGAUCUUGCUUCUUUGACAUAAAUUACCUGGAGCAGGGUUCAUGCUUGUUCGGAGAAAAGUAUUACAUUUCCAGACAUCAAGGUAAUAUGGAAGGCACGAUACAUCAGUUAGUUUUAAUAUUAAAAAGAAAUGCACCCUUUAAAAAGGAAACAUUAGAAUUGUAGACUUGUUUGUUUUUUUGUACACUAUUUUCAAGCUUGUACAAUUUUAGCAUAUGAUCAAUACGCUAUGCUAAUUAAAAAAAAAAAAAAGCAAAAAAAAGCCAAUAAAUCAUUUUUAGUAAAGAAAUUGUGGAUUGCUGAGACGUUCAAAAGCUUUUAAAAUAUAAAUUCAGACCAGGUUUACCCAUCUAUUACUUUUUCAAAUGUAUAGUAAUUUUUUUUUUCAGCCACAUAAAUACUUACAGAGGAAAGAUACAAUAGAAUUGUAUAUGAAUGUGUAAUGUUUUGCAGUAAUAUUAGUAAUAUUAUCCCAAACUGCGUGCGGAAUCUUAGGGGAGAAAGAUGAUCUACGUUAACCUAAUGACAUAGGAAAGUUGGACCAGUGAGUGUUCAUGCAAGUGCAACAUUAAGCACUUUAAAUGCAAUCCCAAUACUGUCUGCUUCAAACUGGUACCCAGUUUGUGCUGACUGCAUGGAAGCAUGUUAAGUAGGCUAGGGGGCCCUGAUGCAUUAGAAGUAAAGCAAAGGACUACCCGCUGCUUCUCUCUAAAAUUUUUACAGAACCCUGGAUGUUACUUGCAUAACACCAAGUGAUACUUUGAGUCCAUUAUAACAUGUUUCGACUGACUCUCUUAACAACAAAUAUCUUACUAUUCUACAGCAAUUUUUUAGCCAUCUGUGGUUUUAAAGGGUUUACUUAAGGAAAAUUUGAAUUAAUUUUGAAAACAUUGUCCUUUUAAGUGGAAAUAUUGAAUAGUAGCUACUGUUAGAAAAAGUUCACUCAGAAUUAAAGGGCAUUUUAAGACACUUAUUACUGCUACAUUUAGCAAAUAAUUAGUCGUGUGCAUCUAUUUCCUUUAUCAAUAAAUGACAGAACAUGCAAUAACAAGAUAAAGAGUUGCACUUUGCUUUAAUGAAGAGGGCAGUGCAUCCAUAGUUUUAUAUUUUUCUGUUUUAAGUUCUGCAAGGUCUACCAGCUAUUUAGUACUCAGGAAGCACUAACCCUAAUUUAUCUGCUGUAGCAGCAAUAUAUUUCAGAAAAGGUAUACACGUUAAAGGUCCUGGGUGUUGCAAUUUGUUCAAGAAUAGUUUAAAAUAAGCAGUCACUCUUCCUUAGUCACAAUGAUAGUAUGGUAUUAAUACUUUUGCUUUAUCAAUGUCAAGAUCAACCAACCUGAAUGGCAGUGUUUUGGCUGAGAGAGCUGAUGGCCGUUUAGCCAAAGGAUUGGGCCAGGACACUAAAAGCACCUUAACCUCCUUGGUGCUGCCUGAUGGUAAUGUCUCACAUCGUUUACAAAUGGCUUAACAUUUAACGUGCAUUGGGCACCCAUGGGCAUUAUGUUCUGAGUUGGUAUGAAAAAACAAAAGUUCAAUACAAGUCUCAAAAUCAUUCGUAAACCAUCUGACAAAUGACUGUCGGCCAGCGCCCAGUGACUUUUUCCACCAUGACCACUGCAGUGCACUUUAGUGGCUAUGGUACUUGCUGUCUUUUUGAGGGGCCAAAAUCAGAAGUAGACCUUAUUCUAGACAUUUUUUUACUGCAAUAUUCAAAUGUAUAGGGUGUAAUGGUUUGUUUAUGAUCUAUACUAAUUUUUACUGAGAUAUUAAAAUUUUUAGGGUGGACUUAUUUGUUUAUGAUCAGCAAUCUAUACAAAUGUAUGCAAUGUAAUACAAAUUAAAGAAUACUCAGGUAGAUCAGGGGCCCAUAGAGCCACCCUAUGGCUCCUGUUUGUGCAGCUGGCUGAUUAUAAUAUAGUUUAUUAUAAUAUAUCUGAAUCUGCAUACAUAACGAUUUUAAAUGAUGAUGUGGUUGUAUGAUUGCACUCAGUGUUAUUUUUUUUUCUUAAUUGUUCAUUGUGCAGGAUGAGAUCUACAUGUUUAUGUAUUUCUGGGAACUCAAUCUUAAGAAUCUUUAACCAUUUGUUAUUUUAAUUUUAUUUUCGUCUGUAUUUUAGAUUUUGUUUAGAAAAGACAUCUAAUUUUAAAAAAUGUUUCCUUCUUUUUGUAUCUCAGGUCCAUAUUUCUUGUGCUAUUUCAUAUUUCUGUCAAUACCUCUUUUAAAUCAGACCUGCUUUCAAUACAUAACAUUUAGAAGUAUUUUUUAAAAAUAUAUUUAGGUGCUUUUUUGUUGUGUGUUGUGUAUUCUAACUUACAAAACACACACACACACGUGUAAAAAUCUCAAACAGCAUUACAGUUGUAUCGUAUUCAGUCUCAUCGAAAAGCAUUGAACAAUCAGUAUGGAUCUCUCUCUGUAUAUAUGAUUUCUCUAAUGAACAAAAUUAUUUUUAUGUUAUUUCUGUUUAACAUUUCUGUAACAUUUACAAAUACAGAAUUCUAAAAUGUGUUGAAUUAUUGCAUUUUUGAAGUCUACAUAAAUUUUUUGUGCAAUGUACUCCCUUAUAAAAAUAACUCAGUACUGACCCUAAGUGUCAAACUAUUAAACCUCAAAAAUAAAGUGUGUCCACUUCAUGUCUUAAUAAGGA